AUGGACGUCCCACGACGGGCCCUCGCCAUGCUGCAGUUCGCGCUCUUGUCUGUGUCCCUCCACGCGGCGGGCGCCACCGCCUCGCCACCGGCUGACCAGGUCCGCGCGGCGCGUGCCGGGCUCGCCCUCGCGAAGGCUUAUUUCGUCUCCGCCGCGAGCCCGGACGACAGCGGGGUAGGACGUGAAGCCGUCGCCGCGUGGCGCGACUGCGCGCGGCUCUACGAGGACUGCGGCAGCCGGCUACGCCGACUGGCGGCCGGGGGAGGGCGGAGCAUCCCCGAAGCCCGCACGUGGCUCAGCGGCGCGGUCACCUCCCAUCGGACCUGCAUGGACGGGCUGCUCGAGCAGGGACUGCCGCCGCCGCCGGUGCAGCUGGCCGAGAACUUGACGAGCCUGCUCACCACCGCCUUGAUGGCCUACCACGAGAAAGACGGCAGUGGUGAGUUUCAAAGGAAAUAAGAAGAUUCCGCGUUCUAACCUAACUUUUCCAUGGUAGAGAUCUAAUGGUCAACUGUUCUUCUCGAGGAGGAGCACCCGACGUGACCGAAGCGCAUGGUGGGAACUCGACGAUCUUUGAUGGACUUUUGACGGCGUGGGAUCCAUCAAGUUGGAAGGCCGAUAUUGUCGUAGCGAAGGACGGGUCAGGUGGGUAUCAGACGAUCAACGACGCCCUGGCGGCUCUCUCUCAUCAGAGACGAAGACAAAACCAGAGAACGGUAAUCUACGUGAAGGCGGGUGUCUACUCAGAGAACGUGGAGGUAGGCAGGACCCUAAGGAACAUGAUGCUCGUCGGAGAUGGGAUCGACAAGACUACGGUCACGGGCAGCCGGAGCGUUCCCGAUGGAUACACCACCUACAGUUCGUCCACCUUCGGUAAGAAAAAGAUGGCCUUUUCCCGGCCAGGUAAAGUGGGAACGAAGAAACAUCCAGUAAUGGCGAGCGGGCGAACCUCUUCUGCUGCGCAGGCGUCUCCGGCGAUGGGUUCUGGGCGAGAGACAUGACAUUCGAAAAUACCGCCGGGCCUGGGAAGCACCAGGCGGUGGCACUGCGCGCGUCGUCGGACCUCGCUGUCUUCUACCGUUGCAGCUUCCGGGGCUACCAGGACACCCUCUUCGCGCACUCCCAGCGGCAGUUCUACCGCGACUGCGACGUCUACGGUACCGUCGACUUCAUCUUCGGCAACGCUGCCGCCGUCCUUCAGAACUGCAACAUCUACGUGAGGAGGCCACUGGGGCACCAGUCCAACAUGAUCACAGCGCAGGGAAGGGGCUCCCCCUACGAGGCCACCGGCACCUCCAUCCACAGGUCCCGCGUGCUGCCGGCGCCGGACUUCCAGGGAGCGAAGCAGUCCUUCUCCAGCUUCCUGGGGAGGCCAUGGCAGAAGUACUCGCGGGUGGUCUUCAUGGAGACGGAGCUCGACGGGCUGGUAAACCCCAAGGGGUGGGCGGAGUGGAGCGGCGACUUCGCUCUCGACACACUCUACUACGGCGAGUACAUGAACACGGGUGACGGCGGCGCCACCGCCGGCAGGGUCAACUGGCGCGGGUUUCAUGUGCUGAAGGAGACCGGUGAGGCCAGCCCCUUCACCGUCGGCAGCUUCAUUCAAGGGGAAGCGUGGAUUCGACUGUCCGGGGUGCCCUUCUGGGGUGGUCUGUAG